UUGAAAAUGAACAGACGUAUUAUUGGUUAAUGCGGCUGCGUUGGAAUAUUUGAUACUUAUUUCUUUUUAUUUUUCAAAACCUCAUUUGGAGUCGAAAGAAACGAAUCAUGCCUGAACCAGUUACUUUAUACAGUAUUAAGAGAAUUGGAGAAGAUAAUUUGGCCUUUGAAUCAAAUGAGUCACAUAAUGACAUCAGCAAAGCAAAGAAUUUUGGUGGGAAGAAUGAAGCCUCUUCAAAGAACAAUGCAAAGGAACACAAGAUACCAGACAAGAAAAAAGAUGAGAUUCGAAUUGGAUUCUUUCAGCUGUUCAGAUUUGCUUCUUCGGCUGAGAUACUGAUGAUGGUUUCAGGGGGUAUCUGUGCCAUUCUUCAUGGAACAGCCCAGCCGGCCAUGCUGAUUGUUUUUGGGAUCAUGACAGACACAUUUAUUCAAUACGACAUUGAAAAACAAGAGCUGAACGACCCAAACAAAGUGUGCAUGAAUAACACAAUAGUUUGGAUUAACAACUCCCAUCAUCAGAAUGUCAGUAACGCAUCAAGUUGUGGGUUGCUGGAUAUCGAAAGUCAAAUGAUCUAUUUUGCAACUUCCUAUGCAGGGACAGGCUUUGCUGUUCUGGUGCUUGGAUACCUCCAAAUCUGCUUGUGGGUAAUGUCAGCUGCUCGUCAGACCCAACAGAUCCGAAAAGCCUAUUUUAGGAAAAUCAUGAGGAUGGACAUCGGCUGGUUUGAUUGUACAUCAGUAGGGGAACUCAAUACACGAAUUUCUGAUGACAUUAAUAAAAUAAAUGAUGCUAUUGCUGAUCAAGUCGCAAUCUUUAUCCAGCGCUUCACCACCUUUGUUUGUGGAUUCCUGCUAGGAUUUGUCAGAGGCUGGAAGUUAACCUUGGUUAUUAUCGCAGUCAGUCCUCUAAUUGGGAUCGGAGCUGGCAUAAUUGGCCUGUCUGUAGCAAAGUUGACGGGUCUAGAGUUAAAAGCUUAUGCAAAAGCUGGGGCCAUCGCUGAUGAAGUGCUCUCAUCGAUCCGAACCGUGGCUGCCUUUGGAGGAGAAAAAAAAGAAGUUGAAAGAUAUGACAAAAACCUGGUGUUUGCUCAAAACUGGGGGAUCAGAAAGGGAAUCAUUAUGGGAUUUUUCACAGGCUACAUUUGGUGCAUCAUUUUCCUGUGCUAUGCGCUGGCCUUCUGGUACGGCUCAAAACUUGUCCUUGAAGAAGAGGAAUACUCUGCUGGCACCCUUUUGCAGGUUUUUCUCGGCGUCCUAGUAGGUGCCUUAAAUCUUGGUCAAGCGGCCCCUUGCUUGGAAGCUUUUGCAACAGGUCGAGGAGCUGCCACAAAUAUAUUUGAGACAAUAGAAGAAAAACCUAGAAUUGACUGUAUGUCAGAAGAUGGCUACAAACUGGACAAAGUCCGAGGUGACAUUGAAUUCCAUAAUGUAACCUUCCAUUACCCAUCCAGGCCUGAUGUUAAGAUUUUAGAUCAACUCAGCAUGAUUAUCAAGCCAGGUGAAACCACAGCCUUUGUUGGCCCAAGCGGAGCAGGGAAAAGUACCACAAUUCAGCUGAUCCAGCGCUUCUAUGACCCUACAGAAGGCAUGGUUACUCUAGAUGGACACGACAUUCGUUCCCUUAACAUUCAGUGGCUGCGUUCUUUGAUGGGGGUGGUGGAGCAAGAACCCGUCCUGUUUGCCACCACUAUAGCAGAAAACAUUUGCUACGGUCGGGAAGAUGCCACUAUGGAAGACAUCGUUAGAGCGGCCAAAGAAGCCAAUGCCUACAGCUUUAUCAUGGAUCUGCCUCUGCAAUUCGACACCCUUGUUGGAGAAGGUGGUGGCCAAAUGAGCGGAGGCCAGAAGCAGCGAAUUGCCAUUGCUCGGGCUUUAGUUCGAAACCCCAAAAUCCUGUUGCUGGACAUGGCUACAUCAGCACUGGACAAUGAAAGCGAGGCUACUGUGCAAAAGACACUUUCCAAGGCUCGUUUUGGGCGCACCGCAAUCUCCAUAGCUCACCGUUUGUCCACAGUAAAAUCUGCUGACAUUAUCAUUGGAUUUGAGCAUGGAAGAGCUGUGGAAAGAGGGAAACAUGAAGAGCUGAUAGAACGGAAAGGAGUGUAUUUCACGCUGGUAACGUUGCAAAGCCAAGGCGACAAGGCACUCAUGGAAAGCUCAAUGCAAAUAUCUGAGCCAAAACCUGAAAAAAUGCAGCCUUUCAGCAGGGGAAGCUAUCAAGCAAGCUUACGAGCAUCUCUUCGACAGCGUUCCAGAUCUCAGUUGUCAAACAUAGUCCCUGACCAUCCAGCGUCAAUUGUAGGAUCCUAUUCAGAGCGCAACUGUAGCAUAUCUCACUAUGAAGAAGAUGGAAGACCAUUUAUGAAGGAACGGAUUCAUGAAAAGGAUGAGGAAGAAGUCGCACCUGCUAACGUGACCAGGAUUUUGAAGUACAACGCUCCUGAAUGGCCCUAUAUGGUGCUUGGAUCCCUUGGGGCAGGGGUCAAUGGGGCAGUCAACCCUCUCUAUGCCUUGCUCUUCAGUCAAAUUCUUGGAACCUUUUCGGUGCCUGAUGAAGAAGAGCAAAGAGCUCAGAUCAACGGUGUCUGCUUGCUCUUUGUGGUUGUUGGAAUCGUAUCGUUCUUCACUCAGUUCUUACAGGGUUAUACGUUUGCAAAGGCCGGAGAAUUGCUUACACGACGCUUAAGGAAAAUUGGCUUCCAGGCGAUGUUAGGCCAAGAAAUUGGCUGGUUUGACGACCAUAGAAACAGCCCAGGGGCCUUGACUACGAGACUAGCAACUGAUGCCUCUCAAGUUCAAGGGGCGACUGGCACACAGAUAGGCAUGAUUGUGAAUUCCUUCACCAAUAUCGGAGUCUCCAUUAUUAUCGCUUUCUACUUCAGCUGGAAACUCAGCUUAGUCAUAACCUGCUUCUUGCCUUUCUUGGCUUUGUCAGGAAUGGUUCAGUCUCGAAUGCUGACAGGCUUUGCAUCUCAGGACAAGAAAGCAAUGGAAGCUACCGGAAGGAUUUCCAACGAAGCCCUUGCAAAUAUUAGGACCAUUGCUGGGAUUGGAAGGGAGAAAACUUUUAUCAAUGUUUAUGAGAAACAGCUAGAAGCCCCCUACAGAGCAGCUAUUAAAAAAGCGAACGUUUACGGCGUUUGUUAUGGCUUUGCACAGUGUGUUUUGUUCAUAGCCAAUUCUGUCUCUUACCUAUACGGAGGAUUUUUAGUCGAAAAGGAAGGACUUCACUACAGCUACGUAUUUAGGGUGAUUUCCUCCAUUGUUACUAGCGGAACUGCUUUGGGAAAAGCGUCCUCUUAUACCCCAAAUUAUGCCAAGGCUAAAAUAGCAGCCGCCCGUUUUUUUCAGCUGGUGGAUCGGAUUCCCCGAAUCAGUGCGUACAGUGACGCCGGAGAAAAAUGGGAUAAUUUCCAUGGAAGAAUUGAAUUUCUCAACUGUAAAUUCACGUAUCCAUCUCGUUCUGAUACCCAAGUGCUAAAAGGCCUCUUGGUGUCUGUGAAAUCCGGGCAGACCCUUGCCUUCGUUGGCAGCAGUGGAUGUGGGAAAAGCACCUGUGUUCAACUUCUGGAGAGGUUUUAUGAUCCUGAUGAAGGAAAAGUGCUGAUAGAUGGCCGUGACACCCGACAAGUAAACAUCCGCUUUCUUAGAUCUAAAAUAGGAAUAGUUUCUCAGGAACCUGUGCUGUUUGACUGUAGCAUUGUCGACAACAUUAAAUACGGUGAUAACAGCAGAGAAAUAUCUAUGGAUGAAGUGAUAACAGCUGCCAAGAAAGCUCAAUUGCAUGAAUUUGUGAUGUCACUCCCCCAACAAUAUGAAACCAAUGUUGGGGCUCAGGGGUCUCUACUGUCUCGAGGGCAAAAGCAGCGCAUUGCCAUCGCACGAGCCAUUGUUCGAGACCCUAAGAUCUUAUUACUGGAUGAAGCCACUUCUGCACUGGAUACAGAAAGUGAACAGACUGUGCAGGCUGCCCUGGACAAAGCUCGAGAAGGCAGGACCUGCAUCGUCAUUGCGCACCGCUUGUCCACCAUUCAGAAUUCAGACAUCAUCGCUGUCAUGUCUCAGGGAGUCAUCAUUGAGAAGGGCACACAUGAAGAACUCAUGGCCCAGGAAGGGGCAUACUAUAAACUGGUCACCACGGGGGCACCCAUUAGCUGAGCUUCUGCACUCCCUGUGGAGAUUGUGUUCAUUUUCUUAAGGGACGUGCUAAAACCAUUAUGAACAUAUCAACCAGCAAAAGAUGACUGUGCUGUGAUAUAGAACGAUGCACCUAUGCUGGCACAACCACUUUAAUCAAGAAAGUGAAGCUCCGAAGGCCAGCUUUUGACUGAGCUGUUCUCUCAAACCAUUAUAUAACAGAAUAACAGAGUUGGAAGGGACCUUGGAGGUCUUCUAGUCCAACCCCCUGCUUAGGCAGGAAACCCUACACCACUUCAGACAAAUGGUUAUCCAACAUCUUCUUAAAAACUUCCAGUGUUGGAGCAUUCACAACUUUUAGAGGCAAGUUGUUUCACUGAUUAAUUGUUCUAACUGUCAAGAAAUUUCUCCUUAGUUCUAAGUUGCAUCUAUCCUUGAUUAGUUUCCACCCAAUGCUUCUUGUCCUGCCCUCAGUUGCUUUGGCGAAUAGCUUGACUCCCUCUUCUUUGUGGCAGCCCCUGAGAUAUUGGAACCACUGCAACUGUUGUGAAGAAAAUGGCAGCCAUCUACUGGAGAAGUGAGAUUAUACAGGAAGAGUGCUCAGGAACCUUUUCAAUCACAAAGUCUCCAUAAGUUAUUUUUAUAUCUAUUUCCAUUGCUCCUGCAUUUGCAAUAUCAAAGAAGCCUAAUGAACUUCGUUGUGGAUCCAGAGGGAGGUUCUGUUCAGCAUUCAAUGCAAAUGGUGGCAUUGAACUAUAUUUCCUACUGCUCCAUCAUCAUCAUCAUCAUCAUCAUCAUCUCGCUCUCAAUGAUUCUGGGUGGUUCACAACAAUCAAAGAAAUGACAAUGAAAUCAAUAAAAAUGAAGAAAAUGAAGAUAAAGGAUGGCAAGAGCGAUGAAGUGAGGGAUCUCUCUCUCCCUUACCAAAGACCUCCCUUACCAAAGAGCCUGGUCCUCCUAGCUUCUAAACAACAGUAGAGUGGGGGACCACCCACAUCUUGGGGGACCCUCGCUCCAGAGGGCAGGUGCUGCAAGAGAGAAGGACGUAUUCACCAUUAUGAUGGGGAAAUACCAGACGCUGAUUCUUACAUCCAUAAAAGAGCAAUAUUGAAACCUGACUCUGCGAAUCUCUAGGGACUCUCUUAUGUAUACAAUUCUGUGUGUAAUGGUUCUCUACGUAGUGUUCAAAGCACUUUGGCCAGAUUACAAAAUACAAUUAUUCUAUUCACUGCCAGUGAGACAAUUAGCCAUUGCAAUUUCCCAAAGGGUCGUCAUUUCUUUUGCAGGAAAAACCCCCGAACUCUUUACAAAAUAAUACAUUUAUUAAUGUAUAUUACUGCCCACUAAUCCAGCACCUACAGUAAGUAGAUUGAAUGCAUCUCGCUUGUUAGAUGAGUGUCCCAUUAAAGGAUAUUUGAUGGAGAAAGCCUGAUCACUGCGUAUAGGACAGAAAGAAACAAUAGCAGGAAAAGAAUAAAAACUCAGAGAAUUAAACAGCAAUGCAGCCCUGCUACUUUUAACGUGCACAGAGAAAUUCAGCGGGAGAUUAAAUCAUGCUUGAGAAAUAGUGUAAGCAGAUGGUAAAGACUGUUACUAAAUCAAGCAGUUGUACUUUAUUGAAUCCCUUUAUCCAAAGCAGCUGAAUCUACUUUGUCAGUGGAUUCCUAAGGGCCUUUCAGAGUCUUGUUGUCUUACAUCCUUAACCAGGAGAUCCUUAUGAACCAGACCAGAAUCAUUUAUAUACAAGAACUUGCAUUCUACUGCCGGAGCUCAUUCCAUAGUGGCCAAAACUUCUUUGUCAAGGUCCCCUUAUCUCAAAACGGGAUGGAACAACUUGCCAUGGCCAACUUGUCACAGGACAAGGCACAGCCGCCAACUCUUCAUGGGACAAUCUGACAAUUCAAUUUAAUUAUUUAAAAUAAUUAAAAGGAUUAUUUUAGUUUUUCUCAUUCACAGUUCAUUUUGUUCCUCUUUUUGCAUCCUUUCUUUAAUGAUUCUGUUCCACUGUUUCUUCAGUAUUAGUGUAAAUCUUGUUCCAUGACAAGUUGUUCCACAGCAAGUCGGCUGUGAUGAGUUGUCCUGUGGCAAAUUGGCCGCAGUGACUUGGCUGCAGCAAGUUGUCCUAAACCCAUCGCAAAGCCAUGCUCCGUGCUAAAGCCUGUACCUGUGUAGACCAGGGAUGGGUUCUACUUACCUUUACUACCAGUUCGCAGCGGGGUCAUGCACGCGCAGAAGCAUUUUGAUGAUGUCGGGGUCGGUGGGCGGAGCCUCCCUCUGGUUUUACUACUGGUUCUAUAGAACCGGUGCAACCGGGGGCAAUCCACCACUGGUGUAGACCCAUAAACCAGAGGGAAACUGGAAAAUCAACAGGGUUGUUUCUGUCAGUGCUGCAGAAAUUGGAAUCUUGUGAAUAAAGGGGAUUGAAAAAGACUGAUAAAGGCAAAUACCCCUUGGAGGUGAGGAAGGUGGCUUGUUCAUGGAGUACCUAAAACAAUAAAAAAUGCAGCAGGUCAAGGUGUGAAGCUCUAACAUUCGGGAGCUGUUUUUAUGAGGACAAAGAAGCAAAGACACAGCCAAGAUCAAGACUGGACCAUCAAGUCACAUUGAUGCUUUUCAGUUGGCCAUUUAUCUAACUGGCUCCAUAAAUACUAAUUUCAGUUUUAAUUUAAGCAGUUACAAUUCCUACCUUUGUAUCCUUCAUCCAGCUAUGAACCUUUUAGCACCUAAUGCUGUUGUUUUUUUUAAAUUCUAGUUUAAUUUUUAAUUUAAGCAGUUACAGUUCCUACCUUUGUAUCCUUCAUCCAGCUAUGAACCUUUUAGCACCUAAUGCUGUUGUUUUGUUUUUUGAUUGUUUCAUGUAGAGCUGCCAUAUGGAUAUUUUUGUCCCCAAGUCUUCCUCUUCCAAAUGACUAGAUUUUAUAGCAAAAUGUCAGACAGUGCUUAUCAAAUUGUUCGAUGGAAUUUUAUUUCCCUGGUAGCCAGUGUAUAAAGUGUAUAGAUUUGUUUUA